AGUCACCCUGCGAACCGUCUUGCUUAUCACUGUGCGCUCACGGUCGGAAGCGUGGGAUCUCGUGAGCACGUUAACGGAUUCUCUCGGCCACUCACAUUUACCAAGACAUGGUUCUGGUUUCUCCCACACCUUGACACGCGAGAAAGAACCGCAUCGGGCACCAUGUCUUUGAAUCUGGAGAAGCAGUUGCGCUUCUACGGCGCAUACCACCACAACCCCGUCAAUGUGGGGAUACAUGUCCUUUGCGUGCCCCCGAUUCUGUUGACGGCAUUUCUGCUCCUCACCAACACCCCCGCCGUUCCGCUGCCCACGUGGCUGUCGAUACCCAACCUACCCCUCAACGUCGGAACGUUCGGCGCAGUGCUGUACUCGACCCUAUACGUCCUCAUGGAGCCGGUGGCAGGGGCUCUACUUGCGCCCAUUCUCAUCGGUGCGACUGCCUACGGAAACUACCUCACGACGACCUACGGCGCAACAGCAAACUACUGGGCAGGUGGAAUCAACGUCGCAUGCUGGAUUGCGCAGUUUGUCGGCCACGGAAAGUUUGAGGGUAGGGCUCCUGCGCUGCUCGACAACCUUGUGCAGGCCUUUUUCCUGGCGCCAUUCUUUGUGUGGUUUGAGAUCUUGUUCUCCCUCGGCUACCGCCCAGAGCUGAAGAGUCGCAUCGACAAAGCGGUUGAGGAGGACAUUGAGAAGUUCAAGAAGAGCAAGGAACAGAAUGGCAAGGCUCACUGAGUCUCACAGACCAGGCACGGUGGGUACCGGUUGAAGAAGGCUGGAGUUGGCUGUCGAAAGUAAAGGAGUUGUCGGAAGAGGACGCACAGACGAAACUGGGUGCGAGCUUGGUGAGAAGAGGAAGGUUACAGCAUUGCGUGGGAGUACGGUGUCCCGGCGUCCAGUAUAUGCAUGUGCAGUGGGUAUGUACAUCUACGUGGGAGCUGGGGACAGGAUUGAGCAUACUACAGCGAUCAUUUAGCGUUAAUACAUCUGGCAUUGUCGGAGCCUGCACAGCCGCCUAUGUGAUGGACAUAUUGUUGGAUAGAUCGCCCGUCCCGGAGCUACUACGACACAACAUCGAGUGCUCCGUAGGUCCUGGAGCUCUCCCCGGGAUGUACCGAACGUGCAGGUCCUGUUUCAGUAUAUAUCACGGGCAGGGUGACAUGAACACUGCAA